AUGACAGAAGCAUAUGUUGACAGAGACGAUUUCAUGUACUUUCGACUGGUGACUUUCGGCAAGCGAGUGAAAAAAUUUGGACCUCAAGAAGCCAAUAACAGGCCAAUUGUGGUAGGUCCUUAAAAAUAUUCGAAUGAUCAGGUUUAGAUUUAUUUUGUCACUUCAAAAUGAUGUCAAGGCGACAUCAAAACGCUGUGAAAAAUGUUUUGAUAUUCAAACUGUACGUUUUGAAAAACUUUUUCGCAAGGGUGGUGGCAUUUUUGCACUUGAGAGAAAGAUACUGGAUACUUAUAUACAGCUAUUUCGAGAAAGGUUGUCGGAUAAAGUGCACGCGACAUCCCCGAAAGGUAUUGUGGGUGGUUUUGAGUUCAUUGUUUUUCAAAGAAAUUUGAAAGAACGGCAGGAGGGACCAUGGACAUUUUAUGUCUGUGAGUGCUAAAGGAAAGCAACCAAAGUAGGUUCGACAGCUACAGUGUGAGGAGCAGUGUAUUGAACAUAUCCCACAUUACCUUUCGGGAUUAUCGCGUGCAGAUUUUUUCCGACAACCUUUCUCGAAAUAGCUGUAUACUUAAUGUAAAAGUGUCAUGGCCAGGAGAUUUUUUAACUACGUUAUAUCUUCUAACAGAAAAUAGUGGAACGAUUUCACCGCAAUAAGACUAAAGAAGCAAAUGAAGAUGUGGCUGAAAGAGUCUUCCUCGUCUCUGAUGAAAGAAUUAACUUAACGUUUCACUUAGAGGAUAACAGGGUUACAGCUUCGACUCGGGAAUUCAUUCGCCCUCCUCAUACAACAGAAACAGGAGGAACACUCACAAUGACCCCUGAUAUGACUACCACUUUUCAAGUGAGUUGAUUUAUUAAUUAUUAUCGUAUGCCUUUGUUUCUGUGUUAGUUAUGUAGGCAGUUAUCAGUGUCUACGUUGUAACAUCGCAGUUCAUUCAUUUUUGUCCCAAGCUGACAUACCAUUUACUUUAUAAAGCUCAUGUUCGUUCAUUCCUGUCACGGAAACAUUAAAGCUCACUAAACUGACUAACCUCCAACAUUAGGUUAAGGAAGCCUAUUUUAGGCUUCCUAGUCACACUAACUUAUAAUUAACACCUUUUGUAACGUCUUAUUGUUUUUAUGUGAGUUACUAAAAAACAAAUAAAUCAAUAAAUUGGUCGCUUUACAACUCAGUUAGAUAGAGCAGCGCACGUUAACUCCUGGGGUCAUGUGAUUUAUAAGCCUUGAUUUUUUUUAGCCUUCGUUCUCUGAUUGCUCAAAUUACUUAAUAUUUGUACUGUGAUCACUCGGACAGGUAGACCCUCUGAUUAAGCCCCAUAAAAACUUGCAUGUUUAUGAGAUGCUGGUGGAGCUUGUGGAUGCUGAGGAACAAAGCGCGAAUCAAAUACGAGCAUCAGAGGAAGAGGUAUGGUUACUUGGUUAUUCAGAAUACAAAACCUUCAAGCUGAAUAAAUUUCUCCAGUUUGAUAUGAUUUUUGAUUGUCAUUAGUAUUUCUUUUUGUUUUUGCAAACAGCUCAAAUUAUGAAAUUUAAGUGAACUUCUUUUUCAUUUUAAUUUCGCUGUUUUCAAGAAGGAAGUUAUACAAAAUAUAUGUUCCAGGGUACGAUUAAUUGAAACUACGGUUCAUUAGCGUCAAGAAAGAAAGCUUCUCCUGUUUAUUGAUAAGUUAAUGGAGGCAAAAAUCGUAGCAAGAACAGCUCUUUUUCUGAUCUCUCUUAUCUCGGUUCUACAGGCGCUUGCUUGGUAUUUUUCUACCCUGGAUUUAGCAACUGGCUAUUGGCAAGUCGGGCCAAAUAAAAUAUAUAAUCACAUUUUUCUCACUGACUUUUAGUCUUCCUCAUAUUCCAACACGCAGAACUACAGAAGUUAUGCGGAACCCUGUUUCAUUACAAGUAACUUCGUAUAUCAAUUUCGGCUCAGAAUUAAUUUGCUUUUUUAGGUAAAGGAAAUUCUGCAACAGCGAAUCAAGGAAGAAGCAGCAUCGCAAUUAAGCGUAUCGGUGUACGAUACUGAAAGAAACGAGAAAGCCAAGCUACAUCGACAGGAACUGGUAAAACAAAUAACCUCACAUAAGUCUUUUUUAUUUGUCUUUAAACAGUGAUGUUUUUGUCAAAACAUCGAACAAUCUUUGCACAACAACAUCGAAGUGUGUUAAUGUACGGAAAAACGGGUCACAAAAAACAUGCAACUUGUUUUGCAAAAUUUUUCCAAAGGAGUUAAAUAGCUAUGUUGCCCGUUUUACCACCCAUAUCAAACCUGUCUCGCAACAAAUCUGGUUGUUAACAGGUUUGAACAUGGGUGGUAAAACCCACAACAUCGCUAUUUAACUCGUUUUGCAGCAAUGUUGCAAAACAAGUUGCACGUUUUUUGUUGCCCUGUUUUCCAUACCUUUAGAAUAGAUGUGAUUUAACACCAAUGCAAGAAUCGUUGCGUUCCAGUUUCACUGUCAAUGUCUGGCUAAAUUUAUUCUGCCUUAAGUAGAAAUUCGCAUGUAACAAUAGUAAAUGAACAGGGCAGAGCGCGAACGAAUGGCCCGGAUUUUGGGUUUAAUCUCCGUUGUAGUUUUACGUAGAUAAACAGAAAGAAAUAUAUAUUUGGCGACUCCGUUAUGGGGAAAUGUUGUGCGUGCCAUGACACCUGCAUUGAUUUGUGAUAAACGUUAUGGUCACGGGCUUGCCUUAAUGAAUUAAAGUUUAUUUAUUCCAGGAACGUAAAGCAGCGGAGGAAGCAAUGAAGAAACAUGAAUUAGAGUUGGAUUAUUUGGCACCGUUUCUGGCUCAGAUUGGUGAUCCGCCUCACAUUAGCAAACAGCAGGCUUACAAACUAAAAGAGGAAUGUCUUCAAGAUCUUAAACAUCGCCUUAUUGACAAGGCAAACCUCAUACAAGCAAGGUUUGAGAAGGUUGGUAUUAUGAAGAUGGAAGUUAUUCUAACAGUAUGUAGCUUUUUGUAAGAACGUAAACGCUUGCCACAGGAACAAAACAAAAUUGUAACAAAAUCAUUUAACAAGAUUUCCACGUCAAAAUGGAUUAAUUGUGUCCAGUACGGGUAUAUCUGUUGUGGUUCAAUUUGAUCCUUGGUUUAAAUUGUAUUUCUCUUUAUGUUAACCUCAUUAUCGUACAUUACCAUACCCUUAAACAAAGGAAGAUAAAAUUGAGCAUACUGUUUACGCAUCGUUUUUGUUAUUAUUCCUCAGGAAACACAAGAGCUACAACGAAAACAAAGUUGGUAUCAACAGAAUCAGGUAUCCAUGACAAAAGAAGACGAAGAAGAAUACCUUAACUUCUGCAGCGAAGCCAUGUUUAGGAUCCAUAUCCUAGAACAGCGCCUUAACAGGUAUUGUCAACAGGAGAUCUAUUAAUUUGUGGUCUCCAGAAAUACUGGUAUCCCAACUGCCGGCGCACUGGCAGGUUGUGGCAUUUUCCUCGAAUCAGUAAAAGUGACGGAAAGGAAGAUUCGCCUUAUAGGGGCCAAGCUAGAAAUUUUCAAGUGGUAUGAAGAGUUUCUCAAAUCACCCCUACCCCGUCUCCCAAAUCGUUUUUACACGGGCGCAUUAUUAAAUCUCGUGGUCAUAGAAACGUGUUUUUCAAGCGGCAGUUAAAGUUUUCGCCGGUGACAAAAUUGUAGAACAUAUUGUAUUUGUUUUGAAAAAUAUCUGAGAGAAGUUUUAAAAGUGGAGUUGAAUGGGCAAUUGGGUAUCCCUUACCGUUUGUUCAUUUUGUUUGCUUUGUUUUUCUAUUCUUCUUUUUUUUUUAUCCCCGAUAUUUUUCAGGUACACAUGUGCGCACUGCGUACUAGCACACACGUAGUUACCUACCACCCCUGUCAUAUACUUUCAGUAGUUAAGAAGGAAACCGUUGUAGGGCGAGUUAUAUGUAUUGCACUUUUUUCCCCUAGGCACAAAGAGCUGGCACCACAGAAGUAUGUUCAACUGGAACAAAAACUGAGGAACGACCCAAGACUAUCCGAAUAUUUAUAA